CGUAUGCUAUCCAGAUCAAAAUGGCAACAAAGAGUGAGAUCGAAGACGAGGCGAGUGCGACCACUCCGGUCGAGGAAAAACCCUCCAAGGAAUCGUUAAGUCAGAUGGUGGACAGUGAAAGUAAAGAUGACACAGAUCUUGAUCUGUUGUUGGACAGUGCUUUGGGUGAUUUUGACAAACCUCUGCAACCAGCCACAUUGGAAAAACCAGAGGUUGCAUCAUCAAGUCCAGGACUCAAUAUAAUGACUACAUCCAAAGAACAGGAGGGUGAAAAGAAGACAGAAAAACAGACAAAAGAGGGACCACAACUCCCGCCCAAUCAGGAUGCGCUCUUCGAGGCCCUCUUCAAUGAGAGCCCCGGAGCCCAGCAGUCCGUUGCGGACUUUGAGAACGUCCUCUCUGGUCUGAUGUCUGAGCUUGGUGAGGGUUUCGGGGGAGACCCCCAGAUGGCCUCCGAGAUGCAGAGGAUGUUCCAGACCAUGGCCGCGGGAGCAGGAGCAGGAGCAGGUGCAGGAGCAAUGCCAAAUCCAGCUGCAGGGACUCCUGCAUCCACAACUAGCAACACAAGUGAUUCCAACACAACUCAAACCCCGGAGGAUGUGACUUCAACACUCACAGAUACUCUCACCAGACUAGCACAGAAUGCCAAGGACCUACAGGAGGGUGGGGUGCCUGAUGAAGAGCUCUUGAGAUCGUUUGGAGGUAUGAACAUGGAGGGAGACAACGCUGAGCUCCUACCCAUGGUCCAGACCAUGAUGCAGAGUCUACUCUCCAAAGAUAUACUUUACCCUUCAUUAAAAGAAGUAGUAGAUAAGUACCAGGGAUGGUUAGAUGAAAAGAAACCCACACUUAGCAGUGAAGAUCACCAAAGAUAUACGGAGCAGCACAGACUGAUGUCAGCACUGUGUGUGGAAUAUGAGGCGGAGCAAGAUUCAGACGGCAGUACAGUCAAACAGGAGAGAAUGGGAAGGAUUAUGGAGCUUAUUCAGAAGAUGGAGAGCCUAGGACAGCCCCCGGCUGAGAUCGUUGGUGACAUGAAUGCCGGUAUGCCUUUUGAUGAGAAUGGCAUGCCACGGAUACCGGGAAUGCCCCAAGGGGACCAGUGCAGUAUUAUGUAAUCAACCAAUCAAA